AUGGCUGGAGUGGCAGAAGGAAGAAGAACCCAGUUGCUGAAGGGCUUACCUGCAACAAGCACUGUUGAAGAAAACUCAGCAUCUGGUGUUUCAGUCUAUAACUUUACUGUGACUGUUUCUCCAUUGGCUUCUGAAGGUGUUGCAAUUCUUCCUACCAUAGUAAAUUCGAAUCCACUCACAGAAGCUUUUGACAUUGAAUCAAAAGGAGGUCUUGAAUUCAGGGUUGUUACCACUGGAAACCCUGUCCUAGAUUACGAAACUAUGCCAAAGAGUUUUGAUUUGCAGAUUUUUGUUGAAGAUACUGCUGGAAGAACUGACCUUAGCAUAUUGACUAUUCAAGUAAAAGAUAAAAAUGAACAUCCUGUAUUUCGAGGAAAUAUGGCAAUUCAAACUGUGACCAUCUAUGUGUUGGAAGGGACACCUCCAGGACGCAUUUACCGAGUAGAUGCAGCUGAUCCUGAAAAUGCGAAACUCAAAUAUUCACUGCAUCCUGCAACAGUGCCAUUCUCAGUCAGGGAAAGUGGAGACAUCUUUUCCACAAAAGAAUUUGAUUAUGAGAAAGAUCCACAUUGUUACUUUUUAAAUGUAACAGUGACGGAUCCAGAUGGACUCAACUCAACUAAAACAGUGAAUAUAAAUAUAAUUAACACCAAUGAUGAAAGGCCUUACUUUACCACAAAACAAAGAAUCUACAGGAUUCCAGAGGAACAAAGCCCAGGCACCAUUGUUGCCAAUAUAACAGCUGAAGAUCCUGAUGAUGAAGGCUCUCCCAGCAGACUUUUCUACAGCAUCCAGUCACCUGACAGACAUUUUUCCAUAAAUCCAGGAACUGGGGUGUUGCAGGUGACCAGGAGAGUGGACCGGGACGCGCUUCCCCUGCGGCUGCAUCCCAACAUCUCACUCACAGUCCGGGUGGAGGACGGCCCCAGCAGCGGCCGUGACACUGAAAUGGUGAUCACAAUCAUUGUUGAAGAUGUCAAUGACAACCCACCAGAAUGCAACCCUUCUGCCUUCAGGAGAGAAGUAAAUGAAAAUACAACUCCUGGGACAGUUCUUCUUGAUCUUAGAAAUUACUGUGAAGAUAUUGAUGUUGAUCCAUCAAACAACCAAUUUAAUUUCACUGGAUUAUCUGGUUUUGGAAGCAAUAACUUUGCUCUGGAGUCCACUGUGUCUGGAAGACUUGUGAUGACUGGAACUAUUGACUUUGAAAACCCAGCCAAUCCAGGAGUUGAAGUUUAUACUUUGACUGUCAGGGUGCAAGAUAUUGCCCAUCCUAACUACUCAAAUAUCAUCUACAUUUAUAUCAGGAUAAAGCCAGUGAAUGAAUUUUUUCCAGUCUUCCGUAAUUUAUCUUAUGUAUUUAGUGUUUCAGAAAUUACUAAAGUUGGAUCUAGCAUUGGAAGAGUGCAUGCCACAGACAAGGACUGGCCACCCAGUGUCAUCACUUACUCCAUUGUAGCUGGAGCUGGCACCAGGGAUUACACAAAUAUCUUCUGGAUCAGCCCAAUGAAAGGAGAUGUGAGGAUUUUAGCUAGAUUAGACUACGAAACAACUCAGAAACAUAUUUUCACAGUACAGGCCUCAGACCAAGAGAAGUCUACAACAGCAUCAGUAACUGUGAAUGUUUUGGAAGUAAACGAUGAAGAACCAGUUUGUUCACCCAAUUUCUUCUCUCUUCAAAUCCCAGUCAAUUUAGCUGUUGGGACCAAUAUUAAUGGCUUCAGGAUUGAAUGUCAAGAUCGUGAUUCUGAUCCCAGGUCCUUCCGUUACUUCAUUAACGAAGGCAACGAGAACAAUCAUUUCAUCUUUUCACCAAGUGCUGGCUCCAACACAUCUCGUCUGAUUCUAGCAUCAAGGUUUGACUAUGAGAGUGGACUUGAUACAAAGUGGAUUUACAAUUUGCACGUCCACAUAACAGAUGACAAUUUAGUAUCUGCCAGGGACAAAACCACACACUUAAUUAAAACUGGAACGGUGACUUUAAGCAUCAGAGUCAUCCCAAACCCAACUACUGCCACAACCACUACGCCUGGCUUCACUGUUGUGACGCGAAAGGAGAACCUGUACUCGGGCUCGGCGUGGUACGUGCCGUUCGUCAUCACCCUCGGCAGUCUGCUGCUCCUCGGGCUGCUGGGCUACCUGGGGCUCCUGCUGCUGACCUGGCUCCGCACCCACUGCCCCCCUCGGAUAAAUGCUACAGAAAAGAAGAAGCCUAAGAAAGAAGUGGUUGUGACAAUGACAAAGCUAAACACUGUCUUUGAUGGAGAAGCCAGAGACCCAGUUACUGGCAGAAUAUACGAGUUCAACACCCGGUCGGGGGCCCGCAGGUGGAAGAAGAGCAAUGAGCCCCUUCAGCCAGUACUGGCUAUGCAGGCAAUGCCCAGUGCCACAGAAAACAGUGGCCAAGGGAUGGAUAGAGCAGAGGCAUCAAGCAAAAAAGAGCCUUCAGAGAAGAGGAAAGAGCUGACUGCAGCAACAAAGCCAGCUGCCAAGCCCUCAGCAGGGCAAUCAGAAUCACCAGGCCAAGCUGGGCUGAGAUUGCAAAAGAAGAAAGAGGAGUCUGAGGAUGGGGGGUUAUCCUCACCAGCCCCUUAAGGCAGGAACUGACCUCCUCUCACAAAAUGAACUCUGCUUUGCUAUUAAGACAGAGUGCAUGAGACUCCAAGGCGCCUCCCAACUGAUCCCCAAAGAAUCUGAACAGCCAAAGAAUCAGAUGUGAUUUUUCUCUCUCUCUCUCAGCUGUAAAACAAAAGGUGGGCAUAAGGUGUGUAAACCGGACCCAAAGGCAGGAUGAAUCUGGAUGUACCUUUGGCAGGUGCAUGUAGGAGCAGGAGAGAAGAGGAAACAAAGCAGACUCAUGGACAGAAGCAUUCAGUGCCCACUGCCUCCUACGGACCCUGGUAGUUUCCUCCAGCAAAGUUUCCACCUCUGGCAGACACGGCCACAUCCUCUGACUGCAUUUGGGAAUGGCAGCAUACACAGAAGUGCUUUCUCAGCAGGGGAUGGGAUCUCCUGUCCCUACUGAGCAACCAGAUGAGUGAAAGCACA